AUGCCCCGCUACACGGUGGCCUACCGCCACAUUUCGACGUACUUAUCCUUAAAAGAGGCCAUGAUAGGUCUUCAUUCCUACGACAGAUUCCGAUACGUUAUUGCGUACAAUUACGGCCCAACUUCUAAUGGGAAAGUGUUUCGCUGUAUUUCUCACGAACGAUGCGGACGACGACUCCGGGUCAUUGAAAUCGAUAAAGAAGAAGCGGAAAUUCCAGUGACUUUUCAAUUAGCAGGCGCCGGACGGCACGGAACCGAAAUUUCCAAUCGGAAGAAAGUGGGGAUUGAUUGGUCCGUGAAAGUAGAAGUUGACGGAUUGCUAACCGGAGGAUUUCGACCCAAGAAAUGUUUUAUCAAUCUUAAAGAAAAGUAUGCAGGACAACCAGCAAUGCUUGCCAAACUGCCAAGUGAAAGUCAAAUAAAAAACCGGCUGUUGACGCUCAGAAAGCACAAGAGGCGGGUUCUAGAAGCUGAUCCACCUACAGAUUCAAUCUGGCCAACAGCAGCUUCACUUGAUUCACUAGUAGCUGAAGAAGAAGCGCUUGAAGAAGUCAAUAGUUCCGAGUCUGAGUGGGUUAAUGAUGAUAGAAACUCGACCAUUGAAGUCUGUCACAGUAGGGAAAAACAGGAGAAUGUUAAAGAGACGGACCGGUAUGAUAAAGAGAAGCUCAUGACAGAGUUUACGGCAUUGCCCGGAAGACCGGUGCUUUGGAGAAUGCUCAAGACGACCGAAUAUACUAAUGAAAAGAGUGGCACGAUGAUGACCGAGUGGAUAACUGGACAGGUGAUCGGAUGGCAGACUAGUGAGAGCUCGCCUACAAAGUGGGUGGUGCAAUUUACAGACGGCGAGAAGCAAAGCGUUGAACUAGAAGAGCUGGUGGAUCAGAUCAGAGCAUCAGCACAGCAGGGACUUAACGUGACGGGUCAGUCUCUCGAAUUCUAG